AGUCUCCUUUUGGUUUUGUCUGUGCUCGUGUACUUGUGUACUAUUGUACUCAGUCUCUCUCCACCACCCACACUCUCCUCUCAGACUCCCCGUCUAGAUCUCGUCUACUCCGCAACUCCGCGGCUACUAUCGCCCCGAUCUCGACCGACGACCACCGACACCAACUCUAUAUACAAGAACUCGCAAUUCCCUCACCUCACCAUUCCCCGUAUCCAGCAACCCACACUUCCUACACCAAUAUUUAGCAAACACACCUGCGACCGACUACAGGCCCUAGUCUCAUCCGACUAGCGUACCCCUGUCAGUCCAAAAUCAAUUACUUCACUUCCAUCUUCUCACCGUGGCUCCCCCUCUCGCCACCAUGUCCACCAACCGGCCAUUCCUGGCCAACUUUCUAGCGGCCUUUCGCGCCCAGUCCACAUACAAAGCUUCAACAGCAGGUUCACAAUCCGCUGCCGCUGGCCCAUCCUCCUCUCUCUCCUCCACCCAAAUCUCCCAAGGCGCACGAGCCAUAGCCACCAAGGCCAGCAGCGGCAACGCAGCCGCUUCCUCAUCAGAUGCCUCUCCAUCUACCACCACCCACCACUACCACCAUCAUUCCACCACUAGCGCCUCAUCCUCCUCCCACUCCCGUCCUCACUCGCACCAGCGAACCCCAUUGAACCAGCCCGAAUCUUCCCCAGCAUCUCCGGCCCCACCUCAGACCCAGCAGGUCGCCUCUUCCCCGCCUACCCCGGCCGCAUCAAACCCCAUCCCUAUCACAAACAGCCAAGGCCGUCAGCGUCGCGGCAGCGACAGCUCAAGUGGCUCGGGAGGAUUCCGCGAUGCGCUGGGCCCGGAGAAGUGGUAUAUCGGGGGUCGAACGCCUGGCGGCGAGGAACGGUUUUACCGCUUAGGGAUGGUGACGAAGGGAGGAGGUCGGCUCGGUGGGAGCGGUAGAGUGGGGAGCAUUGAUCAGCUAAGUCUGUGAUUGAUUGAUUUAUCUAUGGUGUUUGGGGAUAUGAGCGUUACA